UCACAUGAGAACAUAGGUGCAGCCAACAGGCUGUACUGGGAGGUCGGCUAAACAAAGGGAACCCCAAAUCCAGUUCGGUACGGUUCAGUCCGACCGAGAACCGAACAAUUUCCCCAUGGAACAGAAAGAAAGGAAGUAAAUAUCCUCCAAAUCGACAAGGGGAAGGAGAAGCUACAGCGCAAUAUCCCCCAAAACCCCAACUCCGGCGGUCAUGAGCGGCGGUGCGGGCACCGGCAACAGCCCCCGCCGCGUGAUUAAGCCGCAGCGUCGUUAUAUGCCCUCCUCAGCGGAGCAAGUCGAGGAGAGGUCGCGGCUCCUCUCCAAGAUGGACGCCUUCUACAGGGAGGCUUGCGCUCGACUCGCCGUGGAGGCUUCGCCCGCCACACUCGCCCGCUUCCUCAAUGCCGGCGUCUCCGUCGGCCUCCUCGACCCCGUCUCCAACAUCAUGGCCAACACCCUCGUCACUUCCGACAUCGGCCCCGACCUCAUGGACAAGGACAAGGUCUUCGAUGAUACCAAGCUGGGAGAGAUGGCCAAGCGCUCACUCGACGGCCUCGUCGCCUUCCUAGUCUACUUCUUCCCCUACCUCGCCGGGUGGGACGCCCUUCGCUACCUGCUCGUCGCCGACGCCGACCUCCUCGUCGCCGCGCGCCUCAUCGUGGCGGACCGCGGCAUGAUGGGGUUCUCGAUCACCUCCCUGGCAUCAGUGCCGGCCUUUCAGGCAGCCCUCAGAUUGGCCGCUCAGGUCUCCAAGCAUCCGCAGCCCCAACGCUUCGCCAAUGUUUGGAUGUCGCUGUCCUCUCAACUGCAACAAGUGAUGGCGAUCCAGAACCAGCCACAUGGUAUGAACCUUGUAACCAUCCAAAGGUUGCUCGGCGGAGAGUCGAUUCCUGACCUGGGGAAAGCGUGGGACCUUGCGACUUCAAGGCCACCUUACAACAACAUUGCCGAUAUGCCGUACCAAGCCACCCGAGCUCUGAGGAUGGCGCUUCUUGACACAAUUCGUGGCUUCUACCUGCGGGCACUUGCCAGCCUGCCGCGUGCAGAGCUGCGUAGUCGCUACCACCGCAGCAUGCUCAAGGCUGGUUACUGCUACGGCCCCUUGGACCCUGUCUCCAACAUCAUUGUCAAUACGAUAUGGUAUGAUGUCAUGUUCGCAGCACCACAACCACCGGUGCUUGAAAUGAUCGGCCCAAGGAGCCUCACCCGCUUGGAGAGCCGCUCCUUUUAUGGCCUUGCCUCAUUCCUCCAAACCCGCUACCACAAUCUGUCCGAGCAUGAAGUUGUGCAAAGCCUAGUCGCCAACUGCGCUUACCUGUCCUUGGCUGAUCCAAACUUUGAUGCUGCUACUCAGGGGGUUGAUCAUCUGCCAUUUGCUGACCUGAACAUCGCCAUUGGUGCAGCUGCCAAGAUGGAGGGGGAACGCCAGCGACAACAAUGCAGGACCAGCACACCCGGCCUCUAUGAUGCUGUCAGGAAGGUGGAGCAACAAAGGCCGUGUGCCAGUGCCAAGGAAGCCUAUGAAGCUGCAUCCACUGCAGCAUUGCAUCCCGACCCCGAAGCUCAUGCAGUAUUUCUCAGUUCAACCAAGGAGAUGCUCAAGGGGCCUGCCCUCCUCCUGCUGCAAACCGGAGAUCAACUCACUUCAGAAAAUGUGCAGUUCCUCGCUAGCUUAUUUUCUUCCAGACAGAAGCCAACUCCUGAACAAAUUGAAAAGAAGAACCCAUAUCCCGUGCUAGCUGGAAAGAGGCGUUCCGAGGCUCAACAAAGAAGAAUCAAAACAAAGGUGAAAGCUGCAUUGGGCAAACACUUGCUACAAGAUGGGGAGCCCAUGUACGAGCUUCAUAUUAUCUGUGGCGCGAACGAAAAUGUUGGUAGCCCGGAAUACUGCGAUGACCAGGAUGUGGAUGUCUAUGAUGAUGAUGCGUGCCGUGCCCCGUGCAAAUUCUGUUACUCCCAUGUAAAUUUUUUGGUGACCCGGAAGGAUUCUCCCGCAGGGAGUUAUCCAUUACUUUUUUUUGCUGAAUUCGAUGAUGACGAGGAGGGCAAAUCCUUAUGCUGCCGUGUGGAUGUGCCAACUCCAUUUGCAGGAGGAAUUGGUAGAAAUCAACGGAUCACAUGUAUCGGUAUCGGAUGGAGAUGGAGAUGGGGAUACGCCAAUUUUCCAAAAUGCAGAUAUGUGGACACGUUUUUUGACCGUGUUUUGUCUGGACCAGAACAUGUUCGGUGCCUGUACUGUGAGUCUGAAGGGACAAAGCUUGUGCAUCCUGCAUCAGGAAAAUUUCAUGGGAGAGAGGAGUUGUUCGAGGAGGCUAUCUGUGAAGAUCGUAAUGAUUGGCUUAUCUGCGAGAACGAGUACGCUGUUCAACACAUGUAUGCAGUGGACGAGGAUUUCAUGUACAUCGAUAUGAGGUGCAUCAGUUAGAUGCUCUGCAAUGUAGGCCACCAUAUCGUACUGAACAAAAUAUUUCGACUUAGACCACUGGGUGUUCACUUGUCAGAUAAGUCAGCAGAAUUCUUGCUAAAGGUGUCCACUUAUCAGAGUUUUACCAUUUGUGCUUACAAACAGAGAAUCAAUGGGUGUUCCAUGGGGAAAGAUAAAAUUUGUUCUCUGUAGUUUGUUUGUUCUGAUACAGUGUCAGGUUGUUUAGUUAUUCAUGUGCUUUAAAUUGAAUCCCUGAAAUUAGUUGUAAAUUGAUACAUGACUACCGUA